CGCCCCGCGCCCCCCCGGAGAACGUCACAGCCUUCCAGAACGGCAGCCGAGCCACGGUGCACUGGCUGGCGCCACGCGGGCCACUCGGCGGGAUCCUGCGUGGGUACAGGCUGGCCUAUCAGAGCCCCGAUUCGCCAGAGGUGGUGGUGGAUGUGGGGCUGACCACCGAGAAGACCCUGGAGCUGGUCUCGGAGGUGCAGAACCUGACGGUGCGGGUGGCGUCGUACACCAGCGCCGGGGACGGGCCCUGGAGCGACGCCGUCGUGGUCUCCCCAUCCUAUCCGCUCGCCCCACAGACCCAGCAAGUGAGGGAGAACGCGGCCCCCGCCUUCUCGUGGCACUGGUGGGCCGUGAUCCUGGCCGUGAGCCUGGCAGUGGCCUUUGCCAUCUUCUUCGUCCUCGUCCUGGCCCGGCUGCGCAAGAAGGAGACGCGGUUUGGGGAGGCCUUUGAGCCCCGAGUGGAGCAGGGCGAGCUGGUGGUACAUUACCGUGUCCGCAAGUCGUACAGCCGUAGGACCACGGAGGCCACGCUGAACAGCCUGGGCAUCAGUGAGGACCUGAAGGAGAAGCUGCGGGACGUGAUGGUGGAUCGGCACAAAGUGGCCCUGGGGAAGACCCUGGGUGAAG